AUGGCGAGCGCUGGCGCGGUCCUCCUGGAGGCUCGGCCUUUCCGGCCGUUCAAGUCUUCCGAGGAGUAUUUGUACGCGAUGAAGGAAGAUCUGGCUGAAUGGAUGACGGUCCUUUACCCUGAGCUCAGGAUCAACGCAGACAACUUCCUGGACAGACUCGACACGGGCGUAGUUGCCAAGAAGCAAGCACCACCUCAGUCCAUAGCGGAAAGGUCGCCGGGCGCGUGGGCAGCCGAGCUAGCCCGCUCCUACGCGUGUGACGAAACCGCGUCCGAACCGACCGCGCUAAUUGAUAAUCUGACCGGUGGCACUCAGUGGCACUUGUUGGGAAAUCGCCAGAUUAGGAGACCUGGUAUCUAA